CCUCCCCCAAAUCCCACCGCCGACGCAGCCAAUGCGGCCACGGAGAACCUAGCCGCGCGUCGCCAUGCCGCCGCCCCACCCCUCCACCCUCUUCCUCCUCCCCCUCCUCCUCCUCGCCGUCCACCUCCCGCCCGCCGCCGCCGCCGCCUCCUCCUACCGCCACAUCUCGUGGGCGAGCAACCUCACGCUCCUGGGCUCCGCCUCGGUCCUCCCGGGCGGGGUCGCCGUCGCGCUCACCACCAACUCCAGCGACGGCAUCGGCGCCGGCCGCGCCCUCUUCUCGGAGCCCGUGCGCUUCCUCCUCCCCCCACCCGACCCGCGCGCCGCCCCGGCGCAGGCCUCCUUCUCCACCCGCUUCACCUUCCGCAUCACCCCGUCGCCCUCCUACGGCGACGGGAUCGCGUUCGUCCUCACCUCCUCGCGCGCCUUCCUCGGGGCCUCCAACGGGUUCCUCGGCCUCUUCCCCUCCGCCUCCGCCUCCGACGACGACGGCGAGCCCCACGACGUGUACACCGUCGCCGUCGAGCUCGACACGCACCGCGACGUGGCGCUGCGCGACCCCGAUGGCAACCACGUCGCGCUCGACGCGGGCUCCAUCUUCUCCGUCGCGUCCGCGAGCCCCGGCGUCGACCUCAAGGCCGGCGUGCCCAUCACCGCCUGGAUCGAGUACCGCGCGCCGCGCCGCCGCCUCCGCGCCUGGCUCUCCUACUCGUCGUCCCGCAAACCCGACAAGGCCGCGCUCUCCGUCGACGUCGACCUCUCCGGGCUCCUCCUCACGCACAUGUACGCCGGCUUCUCGGCGUCCAAUGGCGAAGGGGCCGCGCUGCACGUCGUCGAGAGCUGGACCUUUCGCACCUUCGGCUUCCCCAACACCUCGCACGCCUCGGCUUCCCCAAUUCCUUCGCCACCGCCCAAGGACCAGGCGUCGUCGCUCAAGAGCCCACUGCCGCUUCCAGAAAAUCACCACCACCACCAUAACCUACUCUACACGGUGCUGGGUGGAGCUCUCGGUGGCGUGGUCUUGCUGGUUGUUGUGGUCAUCAGCUCUAUUCUAUGGAUUCGCCAUCCAAAGCGCCGCACAAGUGAAAAACCUGCUGUGCUGUUCGACGACAAGAACUUCCGUGGGAUGCUGUCCAUGGAGGUGGUACGCGCAGCAACAAAGGACUUCGGCAGUGAAAAUGUGAUCGGCAUUGGUGGCUCUGGCGCGAUUGUGUUUCAGGGGGUUCUCCCUUCUGGGUCAAGGGUUGCUGUCAAACGGUUCCAAGCUAUGUGGCCGUGCUCAAAGGCGUUUCUGAGUGAGCUUCGUGCCAUGCUUGAUUGCCCACACCACCCCAAUCUUGUGCCACUCUUGGGAUGGUGCUCCAGUGAGCAUGACCAGGUUCUUGUUUACGAGUUCAUGCCCAAUGGUAAUCUUGACAGUGCACUGCACACAAAGGGUGGAGCAAUACUUCCUUGGGAGGCACGGUUUCGGGCGGUGCUUGGUGUUGCAUCAGCACUUACAUUUCUGCAUGAUGAAUGUGAGCACCGCAUUCUUCAUCGUGAUGUCAAGUCAUCAAAUGUGCUGCUUGAUGCAGACUUCAAUGCUCGGUUAGGAGAUUUUGGUCUUGCUCGCGUGGUGAGCCAUGGCGGGGUGCCUUUGGCAACACAGCCAGCGGGCACACUGGGAUACCUCGCACCAGAGUAUGUGCAUUCAGGUGUGGCAUCAGAGCGGUCGGAUGUUUACAGCUUCGGGGUGCUUGCUUUGGAGGUGGCCACUGGCCGGAGGCCAACAGAGAAGGGAACCGCAGUUGUUGACUGGGUGUGGAGUCUCUGGGGUCGUCGGAGACUGGUUGAUGCAGCAGACCAGCGGCUUCAGGGACGGUUUGUCGCUGAGGAGAUGCGACGGGUGCUGCUUGUGGGCCUCUGCUGUGUGCAUCCGGACUGUAGGAAGCGGCCUGGUAUGCGAAGGGUGGUCAGGAUGCUUGAUGGUAGUGCACCCAUGACACUGGUGCCAGAUAAGAAGCCACCAGUUGUACUGAAGUCACCACUAAAUCAAACAUCGUCAGUGAACACCAUGGAUACUAUGAAUACUGCAUUUUACAGCUGUCGCUAGACAUAUAUACAAGGUACCAUGCUUAAACAAGAGCGUCACACGUGAGCCCAUGUCGCCAUUGCUACACCAUGUGAUGAGAGAUCAAGACGAUCCAUUGCUGUCGCCUCAAAGCUUCAAAGGUGGGGCGUGACCUGUACAAGGUGAACCCAACAGUCCCUGGUGCUGCCGGACAUUCUCUCCGUUUGGACUUAAGGAAGGCGACUCCCGCAGCGGCGGCCGCGGCGCCGUGUCUUUGGACCGCUGCCUGGUGGCCUGGAAUGGCGGCGGUGCAAUGGAUCAAGCCCGCCAUGGCAAAUGCGAGCUUUAAAUAUGUACG